AUGGUUGACACUGAGUCUCGUUCCCUCUAUUUCUCUCUCUCUCUCUCUCUUUCUAUCUCUGAUUCUCUCUCUCUUUCUCUCUCUGAUUCUCUUUCUCUCUCUUGCUCCAAUUCUCUGUCUCUCUCUUGCUCUCAUUUUCUCUCUCUCUCUAGCCUUGAAAUUCAUUUUUGUCAUAUCUUUCUCUCUCUCUAUUCUUUUCACUUGAAUUUUGGAUCAUUCUCUCUCCCCCACACUCUCUCUCUCUCUAUUUUUUUUCUUUUCCCUUUACUGUCACUUCAAUUUUAUUCUCUUUCUGAAUUUUUUAUUGUAAUCUUCUCGCCAUCCUCCAACUCAUUCUCGGGCUCUCAAUGUUUCCAUUUUCCUCUCUCUUGCACUCUCUCUCUCUCUCUCUUGCACUCUCUCUCUCUCUCUCUCUCUUGCUCUCUCUCUCUCUUGCACUCUCUCUCUCUUGCACUCUCUCUCUCUUGCACUCUCUCUCUCUUGCACUCUCUCUCUUGCACUCUCUCUCUCUUUUGCACUCUCUCUCUCUCGCACUCUCACUCUCUCGCACUCUCACUCUCUCGCACUCUCACUCUCUCGCACUCUCACUCUCUCUCUCUUGCUUGCUCUCUCUCUUGCUUGCACUCUCUCUUGCUUGCACUCUCUCUUGCUUCUCUCUCUCUCUCUCUCUUGCACUCUCUCUCUCUCUCUCUCUCUGCACUCUCUCUCUCUCUCUUGCACUCUCUCUCUCUCUCUUGCACUCUCUCUCUCUCUUGCACUCUCUCUCUCUCUCUUGCACUCUCUCUCUUGCACUCUCUCUCUCUCUCUCUCUCUCUCUCUCUCUCUCUCUCUUUGUUUUCUCUACAUUUUGCUUGCUACUAUUUUUAA